AGACAGCAUGAACCACGGAAGAGAAUGCCCUGCGGGGAAUGAACUUGAAGGACUUAGUGAAGAAGACUAUACCAAUCUUUUCCAGACAAGAGACGAUCACACGUACACUGAACUAAGUAGUGUUGAGCUUAACGCUAUAUCGGAGCAGGUCUAUCGGAAUACAAAUGAAAAUGAGUCCAGGCACAUCGACACCAAUGCGUCACCAACGGAAAUCAACACCACGAAAAAAAAGAUAUGGAUAUUCGCGUUUGUCGCGAUUUUACUAGCAUCUGUGGCUGUUGUGGCUGUAGUGAUUUCACAAACCUCAAUAGAUGAAACAAUCAUCAAAUUGGCGUCGCCUCGACCCCUGGAUGUUUCCACUGAGCUGACUUCCACACUGGCAGUAACGGAAAAUAUUACUACUACUACUACUACAACAUCGAAAACCACAGACGAAAAUUUAUCGACGUCCACUUUAACAAGCACAAGUACACUUUCAAGCAAAAGUACAAGCAUACCAACUACAACAACGGAUACACACACAUUUGACACUUCAAUAGUUACACCAGGUUCGACAACAGAUUUAUCAGCCGUAAGAUGGUCACUAUGGGGUGAAUGGACUCGGUGUUCAUCUACCUGCGCAUCAGGGAUCCACAAGCGAUACCGCCAAUGUAUUGCAAGUCCGUGCAGCGGCGACUACAUAGAAACAGAGAUCUGUACUUCAUCUCCUUGUCCAGUUUUUGGAAAAUGGAUGACCUGGGCUUCGUGGGGCGCUUGUGAUGUAACCUGCGGCGGCGGUGCUCAAACGCGUACACGAGAAUGCCAAAAGAACGAUCCCUCCGACAUCGAUUGUGUUGGUGGAAAUUCGCAGCAACAGACAUGUUCGACUUGGGAUUGUCCAGAUUGUUCCAAAACCUGUUCUGUUGGGACACUAAAUGGGGAAUGUGACACGUGUGAAUGUUCUUUAACAACCAAAGGACGCGUGCUAGCAACUUCUUCAAGAAACCCAGUGUCCGGAGCAUCAAUUUUCGCUGCUACCGCCCCGACACGACCAUUGGCAAUAACAAAUUCGACAGGCUUUUUCAUUCUUGAUACCACAUGUACUGGUACAGACAUCAUCAUAAAGAAAGAUGGCUACAACGACUCUUUGACACAGAUAACAACAGAAUAUAACAUUCUGAACAUUUCAAAAAUCGUGACCCCUCACUUUAUCCAGACACCGAUGAGCAAGAAGCGGCUUGUUGGCGAAUCCCUCUCACUGUGCUGCCAAGCUGAUGGACUUCCUGAAAUAGACUACUACGAAUGGUUUCAGAAUUCCCAGCUUCUAGACACAGCCUUGUACCCAAACGCAACCCUAUUGAAUAUCGAUAAUGUUCGUGAAACACAUUCCGGACAAUAUCAAUGUCGCGCAAAUAGCCCUGCUGGAGCCAUAAUGUCGACAGCAGUUAACAUUCAAAUCAGAGAGACUCCUGAUGAUUUCUGUACAAAGUCGUUGCGACAAAAAGCAUUUGCUCUUCCAAGCGACUGUGUCCAAGAGGCCACAAAUACAGCAACGUUCGAGGUAGGCGAGUGCAUCGCACAAACAUGUCGACAAAAUGGUUCAAUAGAUGUUCAGACUUGCGGCGAAGGUUCACAUUCUUGCUGCUCCGUAAAAGAAUCAAAACUCGAAACUGUGCAAUGCUCAGGUUACACAAUGCAAGUUGUCGUUGUAAACAAAUGUGGAUGUGGACCUUGUUCAUCAAACACAUUCACAAUAUCUGGAACGGCUCUUUCGGCACUUGAUAAAUCUCCUGUCAAAUACCUGUAUGUAUAUGUCAAUGGGGAGUUUAAUUCUUACACCGAUAAGAGGGGUUACUUCACUGUCACUGUAGACGCAUUUGCAUCUCCACUAACUUUGAAUUUGGUGGAUAAGUACAACAAGCAGUUUCUGCCCGCCGUUAAACGAAUAGCUAUAUCUGAGGGCUUUAGUGGAACAAUGAAAGUUGAAGUUAAUCUAGUUCCGGUCGCUUCACCCAUAGAAAUUGAUGCUUCGAUUGAAAACACGCUUAAUGCACGCUCAGAAUCAAACACGCAUGCGCCUAAUGCUGAGAUAGUAAUUCCGGCGGGCUCAUUUUAUGACGAGAACGGUGAAUACUAUAAUGGUACCGUUUCUGCAAGCUUUACUUUUUUAGAUACAUCAAACACAUCUAAUAUAGAACAGUUGCCAGGAGUGUUCAGAUCAAUAGACGCUGAAGGUGAAACAAAUAAUCUUGACUCGUUAGGCGUUUUUAAUCUAUAUUUUCGAGAUAACGGAGGAAACCCCUUAUCACUCGGCGAGGAAAUAGAAAUCAAAUUUCCGGUAAAUACUUCACCUGACAUAUUAGAUAUGGAUUUUCAACUGUGGAGUUUAAACACAGACACAGGCGUUUGGGAGCAGAUAAGUAUUUAUUCUCAAUCUUCAAGAAGAAAGAAACGACAAUUAUCUACGGAGUGGAUUGGGAAUAUUAAUUUAUCUGACUUUGAAUAUUAUAAAUGGUUCAAUAUUGAUCAGCUAAGAGACAAUUAUGAAACAGUUUGUUAUUUUAAAACCCGGUUUUACAAGGAUAGGAACCUAACACUCGAUGUUAACGACCCUGAAAGGAACUAUGAGCUUGAAAUGCUAUCAACUGCAAAUGGGAUACUCACAACGAUCUACGGUUAUGUUAGGCACCCCGACGACGAAUGUAUACCGGUCGGUUGUGAUCAAAGUAUUAACAUGUACAUAUCCAGUUUUUACAACAGCAGGACCAAUUAUGAACAUCUCUAUGCCGCUGGCCCUGCCAUCAACACAGGACAGUAUUUUCAUAUACAAGAAGACGAAAAAGCAAUCAAAAUAUCAAUUCAGUCAUCAUCAAAUGGGCCAUUUUAUGACGAUGAGAAUGUAUGUAUACAAUCUUCAUCUAACCCUUUGCAAUUUUACCAUGGGUACACUGGUCCAUCUCGAUAUAUACCUGUAGAGUUUUGUUCUCAGUAUGCUUCAAGUCCUCCUGAUGAGAAAGAGCCCCUUUGUCGUCUAGCAUGGUAUCCAUACAGGGAUCAACCUAAAUACGUAGAGGAUGGCUACAAAGUUUGUAAAGCGAAGGUUAAAGUAAGCCUUCGCGAUGGAUUUAAACUCGAUCCCGGCCAAUUCAUCUCUUUAAAAGUAACGAGCUAUGGUGGGAAUGAGUCUGAAAUAGCAAAUAUAUACCUUGGUUCUUUAGAAUACGACAUAGAUGUUAACGACAGUAAAAAUAUACUCUGCGUUGAGUACAAAUGUAGCGGAAUGUACGAUCCGGGAUUUGAAAACAGGUUUGAUAAAACUGAAGUUAAAAUUGUUCUUAGAUAUCCAAAAAGUGAAAUUCAUUGUAACGUCGUUGACAAAUCAGACGAUCUACCCUUUACACAAGUUAACCGAAGCGAUGGCAUAUUCGAGUUCGAGGCACCCGACACAUACGGUCCAAACAAUGGCCUGUACUCGGCAACAUCUGGGUUAACUGGCGAGGUCAAGACAGUCUAUGCUCUUAAAAUCAUACAGAGAAAUACCGAACUGAAAUGCAAAUCUACAGAGCAAACAAAAGGGAAUACUGAUGUCGUUGAUGACGGGUAUGCUGUUCAUUUUCGAUGCUACAGAUGUGGUUCUUUUAAUGCGGACGGAAUAUUUUUCUUCCAUCCUUGCUGAUGUUAUCGAUGAAAAGUUUGUUGUAUGAAUUGUAUGAACUGUUGACACAAUUAUGGCGAAAAUAGGAUUUAAAUUGCAUUGAUAUACGGCUUUAUAAAACAUAUUUUGGACACAGAAGAAAUUUUAAGGGGUGUUUCCUCCUUUUACAUUGAAAUCGUCUGUAUUGUAUACUGUUUACUAUAAUCAUUUAUUUUGAUCUGGUUCUCGUAAAUAUAUACCGCUAAAGUAGAUGUUGCACAUAUCAUGACUUAUUAUCACAGUUACUAUAGAUUUGACAUGUUUCAUCUAUGAAUUCAUAUUUUGUUUGGACUAACAUUGUUGCCAUAGUAUUUGUUAUAUCCCCAUGUAUGUAUCUUAGCCUCUGAAAUUACCUAUUUUCAGAAGAAAAUCCCCCAAAAGAAGCAAUGAAUAUUAUUGAAAUUUCUCCACAAAAUCGAAUGAUUUCAAUUCAACUCUGUUCUUAUUUGUAAACAAAGAUGUUGAAUGAUUGGACGUAAAAGGAUUGUCAGUACUCGCCGAGAGGGGUAUCUGACUUUUAUUUACUGCAAUACCUCGCUCUUGGAUUGACCUUACCUAAUCUAACUUUGAAAAACCAAACCGACUCAGGAACUAGAACUUAUUCUGUAAUUGGUUGCCUGUUCGUUCAACUAUGAAACAUUUGUGUCUGCAUUUGAACAGAAGAAGAGAGAAAUAAAACUUCAUUUCUUCUGAACACAAUACCGUAAAGAAAAUAAAGUAGCUGUUGUUGACUCUCUAGAGACAACACCAACAUAACUUCAAUACCUUUCAUCAGUGAGAUAAUUCAGAUUAUUUUCAUUGUUUUAUGUCUACAUAGUUGUGCAAAUACUUGGCUUUAACUAUAACAGGUUCUAGAUAUUGAAAUAAAACGUUGCCUGGGUCAUAACGCAAAUCAUUGGUUUUAAUGUUAAAUUAAGAUACCUUAUUGCUUCAUAUAGUUUGGUAUAUUUUGAAAGGAUGGUGUUUACAGAUAACUCAUCUAUAAGAAAUUUGACCGAAUAACUAUUAUAGAUUAAGUUGUUGCAGUUUAUAUUUUUGUUCUUCUUUUCAACUGAAAUUGGUUGUUGAAUGUACUAUUUUGCAGUCUGUCCAGGUCAUAAAAAGAGUUUUUUAUAAUAUACUUUUCGGAAUAAAUUUUAU